GAGAGCCAAAUCACUAUCAAUUCAAUAUCAGUUCCGUGGUAGGAUUGAUAUGAACAAAGCCUGUAAUCUGACCUGGAUGCAUAGGGUUGCCAUUUUCAACCCACCAGCCUCCCAUGUUACCCUACCUCUCAGGCCCCAUCAAUUAUUCAGUAGGCCAGGGAAAGUGCUGGUCUCCAGUCCCYCACUGAGUCUGGGACAGCAGUAGCAGGAUCGUCCAGGACCGGGAUGAUGCUAAGGAAGUUAGGGCCAGGAGUCUGCAGGUGGCCAACCCUGCUGCUUUGGUGCCUGUAUGUCUUCGUGGAGGAGCACACUGUCUAUGGCCACAACAGAACUGUGGGAACCAGGGAGAUGGAGAGGCCAUUUUGUGAACAAGGAUACUAUUGUCCAGUGGGAAGUCCCACACCAGUGCCUUGUCCGAAGGGUACGUUUGGGCCGACGGUUGGUGCUAGAUCCAUGGACAGCUGUCUCAGCUGCCCAACCAACCACUAUUGUCCGCGACCUGCUCUGACCUCCGGCAUACCCUGUGGAGCCUGGGCACAGCAGCCCCUACCUGGCCAGGACAGAUGUGUGUGUCUUGGAGAAGGGCAAACCUUCCAGGCCAGUGAUGGGCAGUGCCCCUGUGCCCUAGGGUACCGCCUCAUGGGCCAAGGGGACACUUGUUUGCACAGUGUGUAUGAUAUUUGUAGAGAUGGAAGAGCAAGGACACAACAUGGAACCUGUCUGGACAGGCAGCAGUGGGCACAGCACUGUACCCAGCAGGUGUGUCUCUCUCCAGGGGACUACCAGGGCUUUGAUGGAGCUCUGGGCCUGUGUCUGUGCAGGGAACCCCCAGAGAGAGCUGUGUGUGGGGGYUGGUGUAGGAGCAGGCCAAAGCUGGCAAUGCAUUUAGUGUGUGCUGCUGUAGACUUGCAGCUGGUAUUUAGCAACUCUGAAGGCCAGGUGAGUGUCUCCGGGAGUGUGCUGCUGGAGACCGUGUUCAAACGCUGGGACUCCCAGGGGACCUUGCAGUGUGACGGUCGCCACAAUGUCUCCCUUCCUGUGUACACAGUGCAGACAAAUGAUGCAGGGUUCCUUGGUCUCCUCAAUGACAUCCCAGCGGCGAUUCAGAAGCUAUUUCCAGAGAAAAGCGUGGGAACGCACAUCUCUACAGGUGACUCUGGUGUCAGAGAGGAAGGAGGGGCUGGGUCUGAUUGGUCCAGCAGAUCGACCAUCUGGGGAGGAACCAUAAACUCCAGCUCUGUGGGGAUUCUGAACCCCACUGCAUGUCUACACCUAGGGGACACACUGCUCUUCACUGUCACCAGACAACACUACCCUCAGUAUGAUGUAGAGAACCUGUACAAUACCAACCGUGACUUUGACUGGGGUUCUCUGAGGCUGCUGGCUGAGGACCUGACACUGGCCAGGACUCCACCGACACUCUUCUCCUUGGUCUUCACUCAACCUGGGGUGUACGCCUUCAAACUCAGUGACCAUCAAUACAAACACAUGUAUGUGAGGGUAAUGCCAGCAGGUGGACAGUGCUAUGAGGCUGGACCGUUCUUCCCCACUGUCCCCCAUCAUCUGACAAGGAUGGGCAUCGCCAAGAGACGACACCUGCUUCUACGCCCUGACUGGUUGGUGACAGGAGGACUGCUGCUUGGUGCUGUGGUCAUCCUCAGCCUGUGUGUGACACUGCUGAUCUUGUUUCGGGAGUAUGGCUGGCCAGAGAAAAUGGCCACCAGAGCCCAGUACCGUACACUCCAGCUCCAGUACCCCAUGGAAGACUACUCCUCAAAGGGUUCCAGGGUGACGACAUUAAAGAAGUACCACAGAAACCUCCAGGCCAGGAUGACAGAGGCCUCUGUACAGCCCGCCCUGGGCUUGGAGGCAGAUGAGUUCUGGGACUAUGAGCAUCAGGUGGACCUGGAGGCCUUCAGCACGAACACCUUCUACAGCAUCCUACUAAAACACAGUGUGUCUGUCACCGCUAGACUGAGCCAGCUCAGAGGAGAGGUGAAGGACCUGUAUCAGGGGGUGAUGGGCAAGCUGAAGGGGCUCCAGCUGCAGCCGGGUUGGUCUGCAGUUGGGAAGACCAGGGAGGGCUAUGAGAGGCUGCGGAGGCAGGUGGAGCAGGAGGUGAUCCGACGCAGGUCCCUGGCCCAGCAGCUCAGACAUCUCUUGGACAGUCAGCUCGGGGUCUUGAGGACGGAGCUGAUGGCCCAGCAGACGGUGCACAGGACCUUCGGGGCCCAUCUCAGGGAGUGUGUGAGGCUACUGGGCCAAGCAGUGGACAACACUGACCACCCUCUCUGGGAUGAACACCCACAACAUGCUGUUCAGAGGGUGGCGUCACUGGCAUCUGAGAUGGCAGAGCAGGUGUCGGGGGAGUGCCAGCGGCAGGGGGCAUGGGCGACCCUGGGAGAGGGCACAGGGGCGAAGCUUCUGUGUCCCGACACUGGCGCAGUCCUUAGCAAGGAGGACAUCAUAGCCCCUGACGGGUCGGUGCGUGCCUGUGGAGCGGUCCAUACAGACUCUAUCACAGGUCUCAUACUACCGAAACCCCACACCCACAUGCUCCUGGCCAGCGGGCACAGUAUGCCAGUGCCCCCUGACUUCUUCCUCCACCCUCAGACUGGCAGACUGCUGCCCGUAGCUGGCAACGUGGGCUAUUACCCAGCCAGCUCUACCCUAGUCUUCACAACAGACUCAUGUACAGGGGAUAUGAGAAAGUGGGAGUUUCCCCUCCUGCCGUUUGUGCCAUACCCCCUCUCCCGCCAUUCAGCCCAGCCCGUGACCACCCAACUGAGGGGCCUCCGCCCUGGACAAAGACUGCUGCUAGGGAGACCCAUGUGUGACCCUGACACAGGCGUCCUGGUGCCCAUUUUAGCUGUGACCAUCCACCCUCAGACUGGGCUGGUGUACCCCCUGGGAGGUGUGCAUGUGUGCCCCCUCACCCGACUGCCCCAGCCCAUCCAGGUGGGGUCUCCCAUGUUGGACCCCAUGACAGGAAAUGUGGUGCUGACUGCCGGAGUCAGUCUAGAUCCAAUAACAGGAGCGGUGCUUCCAGUAGGCGGCCUCCUCCUGGGUGAGUCCUUCAUCGAGCCCCUGAGCAGCAUGGUGGUCCGGGUGGGCGGCGGUAGCAUCCGGGCUGGGAAGCUGGUGCCUCAUGCCGGRGGGUUCCAGGCUCUACUCAACAGCCAGACUCUGGUUGCCCGUAUCCGCCUGGUGGAGCUUCUGCGUGGGCUCAGAGAGGACUGGGGCUCUGGGGAGAUUGGUUUGCGGGGUCUGCAGGCCCGGAGGAAGGAGACUGAGCUGGGACGGAUCCAGGCUGCAGCCAAGGAGUUGGAGCAGGCCUGGGGGAAAGGGCUACACUGUCACCUGCAGCUGCUGAGCCGGCUGGAGACCCUGCUGGACUGGGCCUGGGGCGUUGCCCAAGAUGGUGGCGUCCAAGGAGAAAUCCAUCUCCCUGGUGCUGAUCUGUCCCUGCCGGCACUGCCUGGGUUGGAGUAUCCUGAUCCACAGGGCUCUGGCCUAACGGUCCCCAUCCUGGGGGCUCAAAUGGACCCUGUGUCAGGACUCACUGUCCCCCUGGCUGGAACCAUGGAGGACCCAGAUGGCAAAGGACUAGUUGCGAUUCGUUUUGGGGCCCUGACAGUGGACCCUGUAACAGGAGUGCUGGCUCCUGUUGUGGGGGUUCGCCUGGAUGUGUCCAGACAGACUGUUGUGCCUGUAACGGCAUCAUACUGCCUGGCUCUGGGAGAUAAUACUGACAGUGUGCUGGUGGAGGCCCUGCGGAAGGAGUGGUGUCURAGGAACGGGUACUGGAAAGAGGAGAAACAGAAGGAGGAGGAGCUGCUAGGGGAUCUGGAUGCGGCUCUGCAGCACUGUGUCCUUGUGGCCACUCAGGAGGACUCUGAGCAGGCCCACUGGGCGGACACCGAGAGGCAGCUGAGGGAGGCUGCAGCGGAGCUUCAUGAGGCUGGCCAGUCAGAAGCCCAGAGGAGAGCAUCCCAGCUCUCAGACCUGUCUCUGCUCCUGCCUCCUCACGUUCUGCUCAUCCUCACUCAAGGUGAUGAUAAGGAGUGGGAGCAGCAGUGCUGCUGGCAGACAGAGCUGGUGGCUGGGCUGGACAGGGUGAACGUGUGCGUGGAGAAACUGCAGCAGGACCAGGAAAGAUGGACAGCACAGAGAAGAGAGCAGACGCCAUCAAUCCAUGUCAUGGAUGGGAAACUGAGACAGAGAGAAAUAUGGGAGCAGCUAAACUCCAGGCAGGCAGAACUAGAUGCUGCUCUUAUAGCGCUGCGCUGUGUUCGAGAACUCUGCCAGCUCCGUGCAGAUACAGCGCAGUCUGUGUUAUCAGGUUCCUUCUGGUACAAGGAGUUUGGGCUGGCCAGGCUGAUGGUCCCCAGUAACCCUCUGAAGGUGGUGUCGUUGACCCAGCAGAAAGCUGUGCCUCUCCUGGAGCGACUCAUUCAGCUACUGGAGGAGAACAAACAGCCAAGUCUCUCCCCGAGCACCUACCACCAGCGCAUCUCUGGUGUGUCAACAAAACAGACGUUUGGAUUGGAGACAUGUUCUCGUGCAUGGACAGAGUCCGUGCCUGUGGUUAAAGUAAGAGAUGUCUAUGAAGGAAUCUCCACCCAGUCUCUGAGAGAACCAAUGAAGGCUCAGCCUCAGGACCAGGAUUCUAAGGGCCCCAGUGUCCCCCAGCCCAGUCCUACUCACUCACAGACAGCUCACAGAAAAACUGCAAUCUCUGACAUACACUCACAAGAGGGCCAGCCUAUGAAGGAAUCUGUUCAGCAGUCACAUGUCUGUGUCCCCACACUGUCAGAGGGGGAGUGGGAUAAACUGCUGGAGCUCUCCCCACUCUUCCAGCUUCUAAAGGGUGUGGAGAGGAAGCUGAGGGGCCCAGCGCGAGAUGCAGGGCUUCUGAGGGGGGAGCUCGACGGCAGAGCGAGCUCUUUUAUUGACUAUCUGGAUGCACAGUGGGAGUGUGAAGGAGAGCUGCUCCUUCUUGACCCAGAUCGUCUUAAUCCCAGAGAGUUCCUGGUCUACCACCAUGGACUAUUCCUACUGCAAACACUACAUACUCUCGAACUGCUGCUGCAAGCGUGUCUGGGGGAGCUAUUCGAGGCCCGACUAGGGAGUUCCUCAAUGGAUAUGGAAUGUACUGCUCCACAGAGCUCCAUGCCAUGGGACUCCCACCCCACCUCCCUGCUGGAGGGGCUUCAGAGGCCCAGUCGAGGGCUCCUUUCACAGGAACAGGAGGUGGAGGGACUSCUGCAGAAGCACAGGGAGGAUUUGGUGUUCCUCCAUGUUGAAAGGCUGUUGAGAAAGAAGAGCUUGGGGCUCUGAACCAUGGAAGUGCGUUACAAAGCCCAAGAGGAAAAUACUGAUCAAGCUCAGUGAUUCUCAACCAGGGGGGCUUAUGACAUGAUUUAGGGGUCCCUGGAUUUUGGGAAAGCAUUUUAGUAAGCGUCGGAAUGGAAAAUGCUGAGAGCCCCUCACAUACAGUGCUGAGUACAAUUCAUGAUGGGUGAUCUGCUUGGGAAAAACACAGUUGUGUAUGGACUGGCAACUGAUGAAAGACCAACACUUUCUCCUUGGAAGUGUGACAGGGAGGUUCUUCAUGCACACACACACCAAUCCUUUUACAAUCUGUAUACAACCUGACCGUGACGUCACAAAAGACAUCAGACUGACAUCACUGCARCCAGGUUUGCCCACUGGGACUAGAAUGCUGGGAGGGUGGUGCAGGAGGUGUCCCUCAACCCUAUGUGUGUUGAGAUAACAUUUUUAGGAUCAUCAGUUGCUGUUGUCAGUUACAGGCACAAUCUGUGAUAUUUCCUGCUGUUCAAUGGUCAUAUCAAUGAGUACCAAUUGGUUCUUGAGGAAUAUAACUUAUAAAUAAAUGCCUUAUGAACUUCGUGUAACUGCAUUAUUCUAUCAUAAUCCAAAAUAUAGGUUGCAAUGCUCUAUGUUUUUGCUUUUUUUUGUCAUCUUAGUUUUUGUUAACAAUAAUUGUAGAAUUUAAAGAAAUGUGUAUGUUUAAAACUAUCAUAUCAAUCUUUUUGAUAACCCUUGUAUCCAUAGCUGAGUGUAUGAAUUUGACAGUGGUUGCAUUACUUCAGUUCCACCUCCCUGCUUAAAUGGCGGCGGCUGCUGUUGGGCUGAAACAUUGUGGUGUUAAAAUCUAGAUUGUAGAAGAGGUUUUGAGUUUUAGGAACUUGGUAUACGCAGUAUUGACACGGUACACUGUAGGAGGAAAGAUACGUCUUAAAACCUUUUCAAAAAUCUAAGACUGAUUUAUAAACUUUUUGCCAUGAUCAGUCUGUACUUUUGAUGUAAACCGUUAUGCCUGUAUUGCUUGUAUCAACAUUUCUAUGUCUCAAAUGUGCUUGGAAAUAAACAAACAAAGACCAUGAA